GUCAUACAGGGCACCGCCGUAUCGGCUCCCGCACAAACCACCCAGGCCGUUACUUACGGAGCCGAGUUCGAAACACCCAGCUCGAACAAUCCGGAACCCGCCAAAACGGGUUGCAAAGACCCGCUCUUCGCCAUUUUGUUCUACUGCAACGUGGCCGCGCUACUAAUCGUCGUUGUCCUUUACGGCAUACCAGCAAUGAGAGAGUCAGAUAGUAGUACUAACUAUCUUCGGUAUGUAUAGUGAAUUUGUUGUGGAUGCAUUCUGAAUUCUUGCGAUUGACUGAGGACAAGCUUCACSUCUCCUCAACCAAUGCAUCGUUUUCUUUAUUUUUCAGAUAUGUGACAGCAGCUUUAGUGUUUGGUGUCAYUUCUUUCGUAGCUGGUCUCGCUGGACUUUUCAUGCUAAUAACUUGCCCUGCACUCAUGAUCAAAGUGGGUCUGAUAUUCUCUGUUGCAGUAGCUAUAGCAUAUUGUGUUUAUGCUUUCCUGUAUUUGAAUUUAGUCUUUGGAAUCUUGGCUGUUGUGUUUGCUGCCUUGAUGGCAUGCUAUGCCAGAGGAGUAUGGAGCAGAAUUCCAUUUGCCGCAAUCAAUAUGUUGACAGCCGCAACCGCAGUCAAAGCAAAUCUUGGCGUUACCAUUUUUGCCAUAUUCUUUACUAUACUCGAGGUCGCAUGGCUUGUCCUUUGGGCGAUAGCAAUGGUUGGUGUUUACGAUAAAACGACGAAAUGCGACGCUAACAGCCAAUGCGAUAUCAACUAUGGAAUUUUAUUCGGGCUAUUUGUUUGUUUGUUCUUCACACAACAAGUGCUCCAAAGUUGCGUACACGUUAAUGUUGCUGGAACUGUUGCAACCUGGGUAAGUAGGAUACAAYCAGAGUGAAGCUGAGAAAAGCGAAAUUAAUUGGUUUCGAGUGGAUACUCAUUGGGGAUAUUUUGUUUUCGUGUCUCGUUUUUCCAUCAAUGUUACGAUAGUGGGUGGCACCCAAYGAGUCCGGUUGCUGUUCCAAAGGAGUGUGCAAUUCAUUCAUUCGAACCGUCACAACGAGUUUUGGAUCCAUUUGCUUCGGCUCGCUAAUUGUCGCAAUCAUUCAAGCAUUGAGAGCGCUCGCUUCAGCAGCAAGAGGAAAUGACGACGCGGGAUUCCUUGCAUGUAUCGCUGAGUGCAUCCUCGCCUGCCUCCAGAGUAUUGUGGAGUAUUUCAACAAGUGGGCCUUCAUUUAUGUCGGUACGUGAAAUCUUUGGGGUUUGAAAUUGAUUAUGCAUAUGGUGUAUCCGUGGCACUUAAGGCUUCGCGCACGCUGGUCCUUAUUGAUUCAGUGCUCUUUUACUUACACUUUUCUUUUUGCUUCACAGGCGUUUAUGGAUUCGGUUACAUUGAAGCUGGAAAAAAUGUUAUGCAGUUGU